AUGCCUAUACAAAUGACUGAUUGGACCCGCUACAGAUGUGGCGUAGCACCAUUUGAUGGCCUAUUAGACGCUGAAACUAAGGCUGCGCUUGCUUUAUUAACCCCUCAGCCACGGUCCACUUCCAGAGGCAACAUUCGACGAGACGCCUUUCAGAAGUUGAAAAGAGUGCGUCAUGACGCUGACCAGGCGCUGCAUGCCCAUAGAAUCGCUGUUUCCCCCAUCCGACGUCUUCCUCCCGAAAUACUGUCAGAAUUUUUCCUACGCGCGAGGAAGACGGACGAAGAAACCCUCUAUGCGAAAUACAGCAUUACGAAGACGCGUACUGAUUGUCAUACGACGCCUCCAUCUGUCAUUCGGCCGCUUCGAUUCUUUCGACGGCCAUCAAUCGUUGUCGUUAUCGGACUACCCUACGGGGGUCUUACUCAAGACACUCUAUUCAGAGUCCUUUUUUCACAUUCACAUCAAUGGAGGGUAUACCUUGAAGCGGAUUGCAACGGGUCUUCUAUGUGGGAUAUUCUUCGCGCGGUACGGUGGCGUCUUUCCAUGCUGCGAAAGAUAUCCUUUCGCUACGGCGACUACAAUCCCAGAUCAGCUGUCAAUAUCUUCGAAAUUGCUCCUCAAUUGAUGGACGUAACGCUGAUACCAGAAAGUCCGUGCCUGGUGCCCUUCCGGCUUCCCUACUCACAACUUCAUCGAAUUCGAUACUACGAAAGUGAUACAAGGCACCAGCUCGAUAUCCUCCUGCAAUACCAUGGCCUUGAGGAAUAUAUCGGAAUGUACGCAUGGUGCAGCCAAGUUUCACGGGAAUCCAAAAUGCUUGGUUCAAUGCAAGCUGCAGAGACACUCUCCUCCUUACGUGAACUAAUAAGGCACUCGAAGUGUCGCCUCUUGGAUUUAAACCUUGGACCGAAACUGACGUUCCAUCCCGACGGUCGUCUUCUAGAUGUCUUACAGGUCACUCGGCACUCUCGAGACUUCGUUUGCGAUGCGCUCCUGGUGCAGCACAUUCGAGAUCCAUUUUUCUCCAGUUUGGCUGAAAUCUCUAACUUAGAUCAACGACACCGGCUUGUACCAUCGCUGAAAGAUCUGGGUGACAGUCCUAUCCCCGAAAUUCUCCUCACUGCGAUCAUAAAUCGUUGGGCGAUGGGGAAUCUCAAGAAGGCGACAUUGGAAUGGCAUAAACAGCCAAUGAUGGACUCAAACAUUGUUGUAAACUUGAAGCUAAAAGCAGUUAAGCUGGCGGGUUUCGAUGGCGACGAUUCUGCACAUUUUUCGUCUAGGCUCCAGAUGGUCAGGAUCAUGUCCGACCAACGCAUUACUAAGAACGAUAAGCGGCCGCCAUGA